CUUUAGGUGCAUUUUUUUUCCUCUUCAAUGCCAAUUUCAACAACUAUUCUUUCCAACAGAGAUAUUUUUCUUCAUUUUUCUUUCACUCCCAUCUUUCGUUAUCUAGCCCCUCUUUUUUAUUUAGGGUUUCAGCUCAUCUUCAUCGUCUCGCUAUGGUGUUUUAACCGCACGAGCUGCUGUGUUCCUGCCGAAACUUAUGUGAAGACAAUGUACAUUCUAGAAGAUUGGAAGCCAUUAGCUCUCCAAGCCUUACGCAUACUAUAAGCUGUUUGCUGCUCAUGACUGUCCUAAUCUGAUUUGAGACUUCCAUUAUACUAAGCUUAUGCAAAAACAUAAAUUGACUUCCGUGGUAUACUGUUAAUUCUCGUGCCUAGAAAGAACAAUCUUUUUCAAGACUUAGUUGAAACUUGAAAGGUCAAAGUUACAGUACUAACUUUGUUAUUAUAUUGCAUGACACAAGCAUAUACGAACUUGAGGGCUUUAAACCUGUUGUCUUCCGAGUUCUGACUAUUUACUCAGUCAGCUAGUAAUGUAUGUGCUGUCAUUCACGCAUUAGGUUAUAUUUUAGUUACUUCCUUGUAGAACUAGAGAAAUAAGUUUAGUUUAUGUUUAUAUUAUUAAUUGUUCAACGGGUUAAUCACUAAAUGAAAAUUCAAAUGACAAUAUGACCUCAUAUUUGUUUAUUUCUUACAGAAAUUUUUGUGAGGUAAAUGGAAAGCUCAUUUGGGUUUAUGUGUAAUAUGAAGAGAUGGUGGUUUUCUUUCCUUCUAUCUUCUUUUUAUUCAUUAGUUAAAAAAUAAAAUGAUUGAGCCUCAAGGGUAGUUUUUGGAAUCAGUUUAUCUGACUGUGAGCUGGUUCAUAAUCUUUAUUGGACAGUAGUAAGCUUAUUCGUAAUCUCAAUUGAAUUUUGAUUUUAGCGAUACAGGCUGCAUAAUGAGCCUUUUCACUCAGCCACCGUGCUUGUAUAUUCUACUCCAAGAUCUUUACUCUCAAUUACCUUUGAAUCAGAAUUACCAUUAAUGUAUAUUAAUCUCGGCAUCUUUCGUGUUCAGCUUCUAAAUAUGUCAAGCUCUCUUAUAAGUCACUAUCAAAUAUUUCAUUGUCUCAUUGCAAUAAGUGAUUUUUCAUUUUCUUUUUUAUUUUGGUGUUCUCUGUUUAUCCUAUUCCUCAAAUAUUGAUGAUUUUCUUCGCAGGAGGAUUUUGCGGAAAAGAUGUUCCCUGCUACUCGUCUCCAUCCUGCAUAUAAUGUACCAGUGCAUGUUCCUUUCUCGAUUUAUUAGCACUUUUUUUACCACUCUACAAGCACAAGAUUGGCGAAUUACCAUCCGGAACCUUUGCAUAUCAGGCAAGCAAACACUGCUCUAAUAAGUGAUCUACUUUCGCUUCAUAUUUGUGUUGCACGUGUUUUUACAAGUCUGAAAUGAACAUUUUUGCAAGCUGAAUAUUUUUUUCACUGUGGAUCUUAGAUGGACGACAGUUCGCACCGUGAAAAUGGGAGACACAAACCGCCUCAGGGCCAGUGGCUGAUGCAGCACCAGCCUUCGAUGAAACAAAUAAUGUCGAUCAUGGCCGAACGAGACGCCGCCAUCCAAGAACGCAACCUCGCCCUCUCUGAAAAAAAGGCCGCCCUCGCCGAACGCGACAUGGCCAUUCUCCAGCGCGACUCCGCCAUCGCCGAACGUAACAACGCCAUAAUCGAGCGAGACAACGCCAUCGCCACUCUCCAAUACCGAGAAAACGCCCUACACAACAACCCAAACACAAACAACAACACAAACAUCUCCCAAUGCCCUCCCGGCUGCCAAAUCGGACGCGGGGUCAAGCACAUUCACCACCCUCACCCUCUAAUCGAGCCCAAUUACGAGUCGGGCCCUUCCCCAGCCGAGCCCGCGAAGUCGUCAGCCCGCCGCAAUAAGCGGGCUGGCAGCAAGCGGGCCGCCACCCCCAAGAAGGUUAAGCAAGAAGGGCCCGCUGAUCAGGCCCACGACUGGAGGGCCGGGCCCGGGCUCGGGCUGAAGCAAGAGCAGCAGCAGUGGAAAGAGCAGGACCUUGGGCUGAACCAGGUGGCGUUUGACGAGAGCACAAUGCCAGUGCCCGUUUGCUCGUGCACGGGAGUCUUGAGGCCUUGCUACAAGUGGGGGAAUGGUGGGUGGCAAUCCUCGUGCUGCACGACUAGCCUGUCGAUGUACCCGCUGCCAGCUGUACCGAACAAACGGCACGCGAGGGUUGGUGGGAGAAAAAUGAGCGGGAGUGCGUUUAACAAGCUGCUCAGCAGGCUGGCGGGUGAGGGACAUGACUUGUCGAGCCCGGUUGACUUGAAGGACCACUGGGCUAAACACGGGACUAACCGCUACAUAACCAUCAAAUGA